AUGCCUGCGCGCACUCGCCAUGCUGUUACAUCGACGGCCGAGGUCGUCGAGCCGGAGGAAGAGCAGAAUGGUCUCCACAAACUGCGAUUCAACGAGCCCUUAUCAUGGCGCGUGGGAAAAUCCGCCAUUCCUGUCGCCGAUUUAUUGAGCCGACUCCAGAUCCUUGCGCAUGAGCUAUCAACAACUGAACAGGAUGAUAUUGACAAGGCUUCGUUGAAAAAGGUUUCUCAAGAACUGGCAAACGGUCAUUUGCUGGCCCACCGCGACAAGGGAGUACGUGCUUGGGUCACCAGUUGUAUCGUGGAUAUUCUACGUUUAUGCGCGCCGGAUGCCCCCUUUACCGGAAAUCAAUUGAAGGAUAUAUUUACGUGCAUCGUAACUUCAAUCAUUCCGGCUCUCGCAGACCCCUCGAAUGCCUAUAACACGCAGCACAUCUAUGUCUUGAACUCACUGGCCGAAGUCAAGAGUAUCGUGCUUUUGACUGAUCUCGACGCCCCCGAUGCUUUAAUUUUUCCUCUAUUCAACUCAUGCUUCGACAUCGUGGAAGGGUCUUCGAAGUCUUCCACCGGAGAACAAGUCGCAAAGAAUGUCGAAUACGAUAUGACUCGCCUGCUGGUGACGGUUAUUGACGAGUCGCCGACCUUGGCACCAGAAGUGGUCGAUAUCCUGAUCACACAGUUCCUUCGUGUCGAACCGCGCGUCUUCGAACAGUCGGGAAAAAAGGCCAAAAAGAUCGAGCUCGACCCGAGCCAGGACACCCUCCUUCUCAAAGACUACCCAGCAGCCUAUGAUAUGGCCAAGGCUAUAUGUCAUGCGUGCCCCGAAAAGAUGACAAGCUACAUCAGCCAAUACUUCAACAAUGUCAUUAUCGAUGCGUCUGCCCCGUCAGAGACUGCCAACGGGUCCAAGAACUCGGCAAACCGCAGACAUAGCUUAGACGAAUCAGACGAUGAGACUGAAGAUAUCAAAGAGCUUGGAAAAGCCCAUCGUUUGAUUAGAGAGCUAUGGCGCGCAUGUCCCGACGUGUUGCAGAACGUUAUUCCGCAGUUAGAGGCAGAACUGUCAGCGGAAUCGGUAUCUCUUCGUCUUCUUGCAACCGAGACUAUUGGCGACCUUGCCGCUGGCAUUGGAUUGUCGGGUCCUCCUCCAGCUCCCCCAAUGGACCCUGCACAAUAUCCGCCUGUCACCUUGAUAGGAUAUCCGGAAACAGUACCCCAGCCGAAUGUACUCCAGAAACCAUUAGCACCGAAGCCUUUUGCCCAAGUGCAUUCAUCUGCAUACGAGAGUUUCCUCAGUCGUCGCCAGGACAAGUCUGCUUCGGUCCGCUCAGCAUGGACUACAGCCAUAGGGCGUAUCGUGCGUACUUCUGCGGGUGGCUCCGGCUUGAGCGAAAGUGACGAACAGUCCCUGGUGAAAAGUCUGGCCAAUAUGCUCCGUGAUGCUGAUGACAAGGUGCGACUAGCCGGCGUUGAAGCUAUUGGAUCCAUGGGUUUCACAGAUAUUGUGAACAAGCUGGGCGUUGCUGGUGGCCUCGGAUCGGCUGACUCGAUCUUUUCUAUCCUUGCUGAACGUGUCAAGGACCGAAAACCGACCGUCCGGGACCGCGCGAUGAGAGUAUUCGCAAGGAUAUGGGCAGUCGCUAUUGGUGAGAUCGAAGAGGGCAAUGAACAGGUUCUGUCACUUCUCAAAGAUGCACCAUCCAAAAUUUAUGACGCAUUCUACACGAAUGACCCCGAGAUUCAAGCUCUCAUUGAUCGCGUGCAGUUCGAGUACCUACUUCCCAUCAGCUAUCCCGGCUCUAAGUCAAAGAAUAAGGGCAAAGAUGUCGAAGGCACGAUGGACAGAGUUCGAGUACAGCGCAUUCUCACUCUUAUCAAGAGUCUCGAUGAUAAGGCCAAGAAGGUGUUCUUUGCAUUCCAGAAUCGACAAUUGAACAUAAGAACGGCAUUGAAUGUGUAUCUACAGGCCUGCGAGGAAUACAAUGGCGGUAUCAUCGAGAAAGAUGAAGAGCGAAUUAAGGCUCAACUUGGUAGAGUUGUUGACCUUGUUUCAAAGUCCCUUCCAGACAGCACUCGUGUUUCGGCGGAUCUAUGGAAGUUCGCUAAAACGCAUGACCGACGAAAUUAUCAGCUUAUACGCUUUGCUAUGGCGGCGCAAAGCGACUAUCGGACAGUCACCAAAGCCAUCAAAGAACUAGCCAAGAGGAUACAAAGUGGAAACACUCCGUCUUUGCUCGAUACACUCACCCCGCUGCUCUAUCGUGCUAGCUCCCUUGUAUUUAACAGGAGCCAUAUUCCAGCUAUCAUGGAAUUUUCACGAACCGAUGAUAAGGGACUUGCACUUCCUGCCCAAGAAAUAUUGAAAGAAAUCUCGUCCCGCAACCCGGAAGUGUUGGAAGCGCAAGUGCAGGAAAUGUGCAAGGACUUAGAAGAGCAGGCUCCAAGCGCAAAAACACCGGAUGACUUGGGAUCAGAAGAGAUUCUAAAAGCCUGCUCUGGUUUCGCCAAGAAGCUGCCCGAGAAACUCCCUAAAGAAAGAAAGUUCCUGCAAGCUCUCAAUGCCUAUGCUCUAUACAGCUCAUCUCCUCGAGCCGCGAAGCACGCUGUAUCUAUUAUUAUGGCUAUUGCGGAUAAAAAGGAGAUGUACGCCAAAGACCUCGUGCAGAAAUGCGUCAAAGACUGCGAAUAUGGCUCSACUCACUUCUUGACGCGCUUAGCUACACUUGCGCAACUUAAUCUCCUUGCUCCCAAAGAAGUCGAUGGCGAGAGUACUAAAAUCAUAUCUAUUGCAGUUGAUAAAAUUCUACUUGUGAACCGAUCAAAGCAGCCGGACUCGGGCUAUACUUGGUCAGAAGAGCUUGAUGAGGAGACAAAAGCCAAACAAUGGGCACUUAGGAUCAUUGUUAACCGACUGCGAGGAAAAGACGGCGCAGAAGAAGAUGAGUUUCAGAAGCUUGCCGAACCAGUUUACGGUAUUUUGAACAAGCUCGUUGCUGGCGAGGGUGAAAUCUCGAAGAAGAAAGAUACACCUGAUACUCAGAAACCUCGAUUGCGCCUCGAUGCCGCCAAGUUGCUGAUGAAAUUAUCCGCCUCACAUGCAUCGUGUGACCAACUUCUGUCACCAAAACAUUUCAAUUCGCUGGCUCUGAUUGUCCAAGAUCGCCUUCUACCUGUGAGAUCCGGUUUCGUCAAUGGAUUACGAAAGAGAUUGUCUCAAAAGUCUUUCCUAAGUGUUCGAUGGUAUACUUUACCGUGCUUACUUGCGUUUGAGCCUAGUAUCACUUUAAAGGACAGCACCCUCACGUGGCUUCGCUCACGGGCAUCAGGUUUUUCUCGUCAGAUGGCAGCCAACAGCAAAGCCAAGGAACAACAGCAACCUGUGAUGGAAUCUAUGUUUGCGCGCCUUCUUUCUUUACUCGCCUAUCACCCCGAUUAUCCUCCUGCCAGUGAAGUCGCCGAGACUCGCAUGGCUGAGCUGGCAGAUUUCUCUCGAUAUAUCCUCUUUUAUCUGUCUGCGGUCGCGAAUGAGAACAACAUUUCUUUAAUAUUCCAUGUUGCGCAACGAGUCAAACAAACGAGAGAUGGCAUCAGCAAGUCUGAUGAAAUUACAGAACGGCUUCAUACGUUAUCAGAUCUAGCGCAGGCAACCAUCCGCCGGUUCGCAGAGGUAUAUGCACAGCAGAACCGGAUUGGGGGUGCAACCGGCGGUGCAAGUAUUCUUCAGACAUACCCAGGCAAAUUGAGGCUUCCUAGUUCAUUGUUUGCUGCCAUGGCAAGCCACAAAGAGGCACAAGAAGUCGCCGACAAGAAUUUUCUUCCAGAAGAUAUUGAAGACAGUCUUGAUAGUAUUGUACGGGCGUGGAUGCGGCCGAGGAAAUUGACUCAGGCGACCAUCACUAGUAAAAAGAGGAAGAGCGAACAUGCCGAGACAAACGGUCAAGGUGAAGUCAAAAAGGCCCGCAAGAAGUCCUCCACUACACCGCGAAGAAUUUCCACAUCUGCAACUACGAAAAUACCACACAAGAAGAGGGCCGAAGAGGACGAGUGGGGCUCUGAUUACGAUGGAGAUAAGAAAGCUCUUGCAGCGGAGCGAAGGCGAAGCGGCCGAGGCGCAUCUAAGAAGAUUAGCUAUGCUGAUCGUGAUAGCGACGAGGAUGACCAAGAGAUGGAGGACUUGAAUGGAGAUGAAAAUGGCGAGGAAGAGGAGGAGGACGAAGACGAAGCUAAAGAAAGCGAGGCGGAAGACGCUGCCAGUGCGAACGAUGACGAGGAAUUGAGCGAUGCACCAGAAGAAGACGAAGACGAAGAGGAUGAAAAAAUAGAAGAAAAGCAAACAACAUCAAAGACAAAGGCAGCCGCAAAGAACGCAUUGUCUAGUCCUACAAAACCCGCCAGAACCGAGACAUUACCAGUGCGACGUUCGAGUAGACGAUAA